AUGCGGUCCCAGGGAAAGAACAAGUUCGGGUCGGAGAUAUUCAUGGCCGCUGCCAUGGCAGAUUGCCUCAGCACUUCCCAAACGUCGCCAAAUCAAAAGUUGGAGAAGGCACACAGCUGGAACGGAAAACCUCCACCGUGGUACCGUUUUCCCAUCUUGUGCUUCAGCUCCGACUCAGCCCUCACUUGUGUUGGUGAGGGUUUUCCCAUUUUCUUUUCCAUUUCCAAGUUUAUGGCAAAUUGCCUCCACUCCCACGAGUCCCACACGCCCCCCGUGGCCACCUACCUUGACCUAGGUACUCAGACGACGUACUGCGUAGGCACGCUAGGCCACUACUGCGUAGGUAUCGCUGCUGUCUCGCCCGAUAUCCCAUGUUCCCUUCCCGAAUCUCGUGCCCGUCUUUUCUCCAAGUCUUCCAUUCUUGGCCCUCCCCUUUCUUGCCCUCAUGUCUCUUGCUUUACUGUUUUCGUCCAGAUGCCUGAGACUUGA